AAUAUUUGAGAGAAAUAAGUCUUCAUUGCUUGGUGGGAGAAUCGAACACAGGUUCUUGUAUUAAUCCUUGCAAAUAACGACAAAACUUGAUUAUAAUAAUAAUAUAACCGUUGGAAUUUAAGAGGAUGUUGUUGUUGGAUUCUCUGCAAAUCCAUACGAAGGGUUUUCUUUCGAAUUGGGGUUUUCGAUUAAGAAUAAUAUCCAACAAAAUGUGUUUCUGGGUUAUAAUUUUAUCAAUCUUGCAACAUAUAUGAUUGAUUUGAAUGGUUAUUCCGCUGCGCUGCUUCAAAUUUGGAUCUGUGCAAGUGUCUGCAAUAACAAUGAAGACCCUAAAUUUGGCCAACAUUCCAAUUCUCACUGGUGGUAGUAACUACAAGAAGUGGAGAAGGGAAAUUGGAUUUCUAUUAACUCUUAAUGAGUUUGAUAUAGCAAUUGACAAUCCCAAGCCUGUAAUCACUGAUCAAAGUACAAGGGUGGAAAAGGCAGAUCAUGAGAGAUGGUCAAGAGCCAACAAGGUGGCGGUUUCUAUCUUAGAGAGUGGUAUGACUGAUACCAUUCGAGGUGGGAUCAAGAAACAUGAGUUAGCUGUGGAUUAUUUGAAGGCAAUUGAGAAGAAAUUCAAGGAGUCUCAGAAGGCUGAAAUUAGUCAAUACAUGGCCUUACUGACAACCUAUAAGAUUGAUAGUAUUGGUUCAAUUCAAGAUCACAUACUGAAGAUGAUCGAUGCUGCUGAGAAGUUGAACUCAAUGGAUGUCAAUAUUGGAGAAAAACAGUUGGUUUUCAUGAUUAUCCAGGCUCUUCCAAUCAAAUACUCUUAGCUAAAGGUGUCUUAAUACACAAGACAAGAGUUGGGAUAUAGAUGAGCUCAUCGCACAAUGUGUUCAAGAGGAGACUCGGCAACAGUAAGAAAGAGGCAAAGAUGUUGAGACUGUGAAUUUUGUGCAAGGAGGAAAAGGGAAGAAAUUCAACAAUGCUGGAAAUAAUUCAAGUAAGAAUUUCAAGUGCUCCAAACCUUCUGAUAAGACUGGUACUUCUGCUAAAAUAUUUGAUAUUUCUAAAGGGUCUAACAAUCUUAAACCAAAAAUUAAAAAUGUUGCCAAGCUUAAGUGUUUUUUCUGCAAAACUCGAGGUUAUCUAAGAAAGGAUUGUGAACUUGUUUGGGCCCAAAUUUACACCAUCGACAUGUGCAAUCAAGGCCGUUAAGUGAGCAUAGCUCUCAACCGUUGGAUGGAAAAGUGAAGAUAGUUUUGUUGUUGUUAAAAGAAAAUAUUAUGGUUUUUAUCAUAAUAAUUAUCUUUUAAUUAUCUUGACAGAUGCGAAUUAUAUCUCUAAGCAAGUGGUACAGUUCAAAUUAAAUUGGGAUAUGCGUGACAUUAGAUAGGGAAGCAUGCAGAUGAUAGUCAUACAACUGCAAAUGGACUAAUGCAUGCACGGAUAGAGAAGCCUAGGUAGGCUUGGCUUUUGGUAGUGAUGUGAUAAGCCUAGGAUUUGAUGGUGGAGAGAGAAGCCUAGGUAAGCUAGGUCUUUGGUCAUGAUGGGAUAAGCCUAAAUAGUUUUUAUAUUUUGUUUGAAAAGUCAGCCAACUUAUGCCACAGAUCAGAUUUCAUUCUGCGAGGAAGAGUUGCAGUCAGACUCUGCAACAUUAUAUGACCAUGCAAGUCAAGUACUUCAGUCUUAUAAAUACAGAUGUGGUAACGAAAAGAGCCCUCCAACUCAACACACAAUUGCCAUGCGCAAACUCUCUCAACAACUUUGAGAUUUUUAUUUUCUCUUUUCGCUGACACAUCUUCCGUUGGCAUCAACAACACUG